CGCGGGGUCGCUGAUAUGGUCGACGCGACUGCACCGCGGGAACGACAAACCAGACGCGGUGGUCGCAGCGAGCGAGUCGAGAGCAGCAGCAGCAGCAGCAGCAGCAGCAGCAGCCAGAGCAACUGAGAGAGAGAGAUAGGGAAGAGCUGUGAUUGGCUGGAGGACGUUCCGAGUUCAGCCAGUAGUGCGUGUGGUCGCAGAGGUCGGAAGCUGGUGUCGAACCAGUCGACUGUUCAGGCACCCGCGGUUCGAACCAGGAAGACAUCCCCCCCAGCCACGAAAACGGAGUCGCCUGUGCUGCACAACCCGACGAGGGAGUGAAGAUCUUGCAUCUCCUCGCUGACGUUGGCAGUAGCUGACGGCGACAUGGUGGCGGCGUGCGACGACCGGCCGGCGACCAAGGCCCGCGACGACAAGAAGCACCCGACCAAGAAGAAGGACGACGACUCGGAGGGUGACGUGGUCACGGUCUCCGUCGGCGGCGGCUACGCCAACGAGGCGUUCAAGGACGACGGCGACAUGAACGGCCACGGAGGCGGCGUGACCAAGCCGCCGCCGGGCGCCGGCGCCGGGGGCGGCGCAGAGGAGGCGGGCCUGCCCGACGACGGCAAGUGCCGGCUGUCGCGGCGCGAGAAGUGGCGCAUCCUGAAGAACAUCGCGGCCGUCAGCCUGGCCUUCAUGGUGCAGUUCACGGCGUUCCAGGGCAUCGCGAACCUGCAGAGCUCGAUCAACGCCAAGGAGGGCCUCGGCACCGUGUCGCUGUCGGCGAUCUACGCGGCGCUCGUCCUCUCCUGCAUGUUCAUCCCCACGUUCCUCAUCAAGCGGCUGACGGUGAAGUGGACGCUGUGCCUGUCCAUGCUGUGCUACGUGCCGUACAUCGCGGCGCAGUUCUACCCGAGGUUCUACACGCUGGUGCCGGCGGGCGUGCUGCUGGGCCUGGGCGCCGCGCCCAUGUGGGCCUCCAAGGCCACCUACCUCACCCAGGUGGGCGGCGUGUACGCCAAGCUCACCGACCAGGCGGUCGACGCCAUCGUCGUCAGGUUCUUCGGCUUCUUCUUCCUGGCGUGGCAGACGGCCGAGCUCUGGGGCAACCUCAUCUCGUCGCUGGUGCUGUCGGCGGGCGAGGGCGGGCCGGGCAACCCCAACACCACGCAGACGGCCGAGGACCUGGAGUACUGCGGCGCCAACUUCUGCGUGAUGACGAACCACGCGAGCGAGAACCUGGAGCGGCCGCCCGACUCGGAGAUCUACGAGAUCAGCGGCAUCUACCUGUGCUGCGUGCUGGCGGCCACCGGCAUGGUGGCGCUCUUCGUCGACCCGCUCAAGAGGUACGGAGAGAAACAGCGCAAGAACGACAGCUCCGAGCUGUCGGGCAUCCAGCUGCUGUCAGCCACCGCCUACCAGCUGAAGAAGCCCAAGCAGCAGCUGCUGAUCCCCAUCACCGUGUGGAUCGGCAUGGAGCAGGCCUUCAUCGGCGCCGACUUCACGCAGGCGUACGUGUCGUGCGCGCUCGGCAUCCACAACGUGGGCUACGUGAUGAUCUGCUUCGGCGUGGUGAACGCCAUGUGCUCGCUGCUGUUCGGCUCCAUCAUGAAGUUCGUGGGGCGGCUGCCGCUGAUGCUGCUGGGCGUGGGCGUGCACGCGGCGCUCGUGGUGGUGCUGCUGCACUGGCGGCCGCACCCCGCCUCGCCGCUCAUCUUCUUCGCCAUCAGCGGCCUGUGGGGCGUCGGCGACGCCGUCUGGCAGACGCAGGUCAACGGCAUCUACGGCACCUUGUUCCGGCGCAACAAGGAGGCCGCGUUCAGCAACUACCGCCUGUGGGAGUCGGCGGGCUUCGUGGUCGCCUACGCCUACAGCACGCACCUGUGCGCGCGCAUGAAGCUGUUCGUGAUGCUGGCCGUGCUGGUGGUGGGCUUCGCCGGCUACCUGGUGGUCGAGCUGCUGCAGAAGCGCAAGGCAGACCGCCUGAAGCGGCUCGCCGAGGACCCCAAGGCCGCGGCCGCCGAGAUGGCCAGGAGCCACGCCGUGGAGGAGACGGACGACGAGAAGGACGACAUCGACGACGACAUCAUCAUCACCCACCUGUAGGGCGCGCCUCCUGCUCCGCUACCCUCGCCGGGGAAGUAGAGGACUCCGCUUCCCAUCUCCCGGUGGAUCGGCCAAGUAGUUUCAAACGAAUUGCAAUCAAGUUUUUUUUCUCACUGAUGUGAACAAGUUCUCCUCUCCCUUCCCCCCCCCCCCCCACCACCAUCUCAAAUCUAUAGAGUGGCGGGAUUUCCCCCCCCUCCCCCAAACACUCCCCUUCCCGCUCUUCCCGCACAGUCAAAAGGACUCUGAGUGCUUCGGAGCCGGUCUGAACGGUGGUGCAACGAGAGACAAAGGCAGAGAGGUACUUUGAUACUUCCAGCAGUAUUCUCAUGUAGUGAUUAUUUUACCCCUCCUGCUCCAAGAUGGUAAAAUCAUUAAAACUAUGUAUAGCGUUUGCGGUGACGUCGAGAAAAGACGAAGUCAACGCACCCCAAAAGUGUUGAAGAAAUAUGUUGAAAGGCUUGUGCCUUUCUGGGAAUUAUUGUAACAAAAAAGUAAAAACAUAUUUCUGAUCAUUUUUUUUUUAAAUAUAUUCUACAGUUAUUCUGUUAUUUCAGCCCUUCUGGCUGAAAAUAACACAUGAGAAGAAUAUUUAAUAAUCCAUACGAAUCAUUCCAACUUACUCGUAUCGGACAUUAUUUUAUUCUAGGUAAGAGGUUUGCUUUUUUUUUACUACGUGACAAUGCUAUGUAUUAUUUUUUUUUUUUUCAGGCAGAAUAGGUUUUCCGUUCGGUGAAAUGUAUUGGAAAGCCACCUGCUUUUGUUUUCUUUCUGUCCGGCCUUUCCGAAAGUUGACACACAGUACGUCGCUGUCACAUACAGAGAGUUGUUAGUCGAUGGAGACUUUCAGUGGAAAAAUAAAGGUCUGGGUUCGUUCUGUAUUCUGCAACGUUAAAAUUGUUUAUCAUUGUGAAAGUAAUAUCAUCUUACAUAAAGGUCAGUUACACUUCGCAAAAUGUGGUUAUGAAAAUGAGGAAUUGUAUUAAGAGAAAUUACAAGGUCGCACUUUACUUGAAUAUAUGAUGGCCAAUAUUCAUUCGAGAAGAAGAAAAAAACAGGUACUUGUGAAAAUUAUUUCGACUGGAGGUGAGAUAUAACCCACGCACGCAAUAGUUGCCCUCGCUGUCCCGUUCUGCAGAAUUUAUCACGCGACAGGUUUGCGUCUUAUUCAAACGAGUUGCCUUGAAAGAGUAAGAAAAAUUGUUUGCGUACUUGAACUUUGAGUGCGCGCGUGUGCGGCUGUGACGUCAAACGCGGAAGUGCUAAAGCUGUCAGUAUAAACAAAAUACGUGCACUAUAUCACAAAUAGGAAUUACCCCUCUUUCUCCAGUGUCGAGUGUAGUUGCUUUUCUUUUCCUGGUUUCUUCUGUGGGCAAAGCAUUGUUUAGUUCACAACGUUUCAUGUAAAACAUAAAAAUGUCUUAUGAGAAAUGAACAAUAGAUAGUUUCUUCGAAGAAUAACAAGUAGCGAAAGUAUCAAUAUGACGCAUACUGUUGUAUUGUGUUAAUAAACGUCUUUUGAGGAAUUUUUUUCUUACAAUUUUUUUGUAGCAUUGAUUUAAAAAACGAACAUUUUUACUUGCUUUUCAAGGAUAUAUAUAUAUAUAUAUAUAUAUAUAUAUAUAUAUAUAAAAUUACUAGAGUUACUAUCAAAUCCUCAAUUACCAUUAAAUACAAAUUUGUGUUCGAAGUGUAAUAUUUUAAGAAAACAUAUUUCAGGAAGGGAAACAUCAGACAAUCACUACUACACUAGCUAACGAACUAACGUAUUUAUCUCUGCAGAGGCUAUCUAACAUCAAAGAUGUGCUUGUGUUUUCUACCAGUUCCAGUGCUCCCAGAAUGAUUGUUUAGUUCUGCAGGGAACACAUGUAACACAAAAAUAACUUGUUUGAAUCAUAAACAUGUUUUAUAUAUAUUAAUUUUAGAAACUUUAAUUUCAGUGUUUUUGCUCAUAUAUUGGUUUAUUCUUUACUCGUCAGGUCUGUAUUCAGAUUCGAGGCACUCUUUUAGGAAUUAAAGUCUAGAUUCGAAUUUCAGAAAAAGAAAAUAAUGGCUUCGACUUGCCACUGUCUAUAACGUAUUUAGUUCCGUGACGCUAACUUAAACACAGGUAGACAUGUUACUUAAUUAACUGUCGGGUUUCCCUUUCUUCAGUACCGUGUGCUUGAAGCUAAUGCAGUCCCCUAGUCCCGAUACUGUUGCAAAGGUGAUCCUAACCUCGCCGACUCCAGCCAGGAUUGCCAACUUGAAACAUAUUGCGUAACCAACCCGUGGGGUCAGUAACCCCGCACGCAAGAGAGAGAGAGAGUGCGUGUUUUGUGUGUUGUUCUGGUCACGUGUACAAGAGUAACAAGUCAAUGGGGCAACGUUCAAUUUGCAACAAACCUGGAAUCCUCUCACGCCUACUUUCGUGUGGCGUCUGAAGCAGUCAUUCUCUCUCUCUUCUUGCGGCCCUUUUCCAGAAGUUGCAGAAAUGUUUUGUUUUUAUUUUUCCUAUGACCUACGCUCGCCGGCUACCUUGUCAUCGAAGUCUUUUUCAUUCCGAAAAAAAAAAAUGCAUGUCCUCGCCAGUUUCGUGUUAAGGUAGGCGCACUCAGGUCGUCAAGGCGCGCUUGGCAUGAAUUGCCAUAAAAGUAGGAAGUUUACUCGCUUUGAACAUGAAUCCACAAAAAUAAUCUUGGUAAAUCAACCGAGGAUUUUAAAAAAAAUGAUAAGUAUACAGCAAAUAACAACUCUUCUUCCUUCCAGUGGCUGUUUUUCCUGGAUAACAUCUGAACACAAAACCCGAAAAACCGGAAUACAUCGCAGUUACUACGAAGAUCCAGUUAUUUUAUAUUACGAAUAACUCUUCAUUGGAAAGCCAGUAAGUGUGCUUGUGACCGUGUAGUACGGACACUGCAUUCGGGACAUCGGAAUUCCGGAAAGGGUUCCCCAUCCUCUGUGUCGUUCAUUCAUCCGCAUCGCACGGACAACACUGAUGUCUUGCCCCCUCGCCGAUUCCCACCGGCAUUGUCGUCACCCGAUAACGAUCGACGCGGAUAAAUGAGCGCAGUCUUAUUUGAUGCAAGGUGCAGAAUUCUCAAAUCCGAUCUGUGCGAUCCGUGUUUGCGUUGACGGCGAGUAUGCGCCUGCCUUCAGAUGUGGCAGCGACGAAUAUCCAUCCUAGACCUGUGCGAAUACUAGUUUGUUAUUUUACAAGAAGCGAAUAUCAAAUCGAAUGUUUAAAAUAUUCACGAAGUCGAAUCGAAUUGCGAAUACCUAUUGUUCAAGGCGGAGCUUUGUUACAUUUAUUUUGAAAAAUACAUAAUUGAAGAAAUAAAAAUCAUUAAAAAAUUUCAUGUUUGAACUAAUUAAGUGAUUAACCAAUUUGGCUCUACAUAUUACACCAUUCAGUAAAAGUUAUAAAAUAAUCAUGCAUACGAUUAAAUUAGGAUAUUCAUACUCUUGAGUGUCUUUUUUUAAGUUGUCAAAAUCAUUUAAGCAAGACAUAUACAACACAAAAAAUAAUAUCUUCAUGAGAGAAUCUUACGCUUUCAAUGUUUUAAAACUUUGCAUCAAACGCGAAGCUCUGCGUUAGAACCGAAGCUCCAAAUAAAACAAAUAGCAAAUUCCGUGGCAAAGUCAUAUCGAAUAUUGUAAAGAGCUUCGAUCGAUUCGCUUAGUCGAAGCUUCGCAACAGUCCUAAUUGUUCCACUUCGCGUCGUACACUGACCCGACCAGGCGCGUAGGGGCAAGUGUGUAGCUAUCGGGCGCGUCUGUGUCGCCCUUGUCACCCAUGCUCCGGUGUCUCCACCACAUAGACAGGAGCGCGCUCUGAACAGGAUGUCCACAUUCUGGAGAUUCGGGGAAGUUGAAAUUGUCCAAGGAUUUUACUUGAAAUACCGAAGAUGUCAUGGGAAAUUUACCGGUGAUACUAAUUUGAGGGGAAAAUGUCAUGUUCCAGUACCUAUGCCAUAACUUAGACUGUAAAAGCCAUUUUUUUUCUGAUGGUGUUUUAGUGCGUUUCAAUGGCGUAUGUAGGGUUUUUUUUUGUUUUUAAGAUAAAGUGGAGAGAGAACAAAGCGUGCUGGGGGGAUGGUGAAUACAAGGGUAUUAGAAAUUUUGGUCAGGGAAAAUCAUUUAAAAAAAUGGCACCAAAGAAGUUUAAAGACAAGUAGACAAACACCAAGUUUAAAUUACCAUUAUGUGCUGGGAAUUUUACGAACAGCGCGAGUAAUGUGCAGAAUAAUUUUCGUUAAAAGAUAUAUAUACAUCGUGCAAUACGUAAGCACCCAGAGCCUGCGCAGUGUAAAUCCGGAACGAGAGCCGUGAUGAGAUGCAAAUGCGGUAAGCCGCCGUGGACGGGAGGGGCCGAGCCGCGCACCACAGGCUGAGGAAGAGCGGGCGACAGAGGGAGGCGGGUGAAAUGUGUGCCAGCCACCGCCGGCGGCAUGUGGGUCACCGGGUCUCGCCGGGUCGACGCCCCGCGCGGCGUGUGUGCGUGUGUGCGUGUGUGCGUGGGACGGCCAUCGCUCCUCGCUGCGACUCCAUGCUUCCUUCGGCCAGUAACAAGCAGCGCAGAUAAACAUGUGCCAUGUUGGCGCAUUCACUAGCGCGUUCUUGUGAGACCUGCAUUGUGCAUCUUAACCUGCGUAGUGUGACAUCAGCCUUAAACAUACUCCAUUCCCACGUUUUCACGCUUUCGGUGACAUUGCUAGCAAAAAUUGAAGCCUAACUAACAGCAACGAUCGGAAUAUUGCUCUUUACAACCAUGAAGGUACGAAGUUAGGAAGUAGUUUGCCAUGUUGGUAGGAAUUUUUGUUUGCUUGAUUACGUGCUGUUAACAUCUUUGUUUGAAGACACCUACUUCAUUGUGGAAUUUUUAACGUUUCUUACUAUUGAAGUUCCUUUCAAGCUAUUAAAGCAAACUUUAUACCUUUAUUCAGCUUUGGUUUCUUUUUCUAACCAAUUGCGAUUUUCAACUUUCGAACAGACAUCACUCUGACUAACACCUUUAUUUUUCCCGUCAAAAAAACCACUCGAUGCUUUUUUUUUACGGAAAAAAAACUUUAUGAAAACCGUUCUUCUGAAAUGACGCAACAACUUGAUCCUCUUCCCGUCUUGGCUUCACGCCAUUUCGUCAUCAAUCCGGCACGGUAUUGGCGAUUCUUGCGGACAUGAUUUGUACCACAACCACAGCCAUUUGGUGGACCGCGUGGCGUAGGAGAUAAUAAAUAAUCCCCUGCUGGCACGCAUUACAGUUCUCGCGAGCGAGCAGAAACCACGAUGGAGAGGCUGUGGUGACUGGCAGCUAGAAGCCAGCGGGCGCGGCGCUAAUGGAGCCGAUGCAGGCAGGCGCCUGGGAGUGACGGGUGGAGGCUGACCGACGCAGGUAGCGCUAAGGGCGAUGCAACCCAGUGAAUUUACAAGCGCUACCGCCUCUACGGGAAUAAGUCUUAUCGGUGUACGGAAUUAAUGUUGUCGUCUUUCGUUGUUUUGCUCGUACGAGAUCGCUAUUUUUUAAGAUAUAAGAGUUUAAGAAGGGAAAAAAGAACAUUUUUCGACAAUUAUGGAAGUAUAAUUUUGAUUUAUAAGUUGCGCACGUUCUUAAGAAAUCCUAGCCUGUAGUACUGCAGGAAAAACCAAUGUUUUUGUUUAGUAUCUGAACUCACUGCGACGGUAAAGGUUAUGUUUCACGUCGCACGGUCGUGCACAGAGGCGUAAUCGUCACGCGUUGCAGAUCACGGAUCGUUGAGUCGUUGCAUUUUCAAAAGUCAAUAGUUUUGGUUUCGAGGCACCUUCUUUGGGCUAUUGAGUAUAAUGCCAGUUUUCUCGCUAACGUGUGUUACACGCUUGCUUGAAAAGAGUCAAGUGUUGUAUUCAUAAUAAACACUCAAGUUUAACACACACAAAAUUGUUCAUUUUAUGAAUUUCACUAGCUGGGUAAUGCACGCAACUCAAAUUCUAUCGUCCCUAAUUUUUAAGUAAUUUGUCACACAAAAAAAAUUGAACUCAAAAUGGCGGCGAGUAGGAGCCUACUGAUCCGUGGAUGCACCAUCGAGUUGGUCGACGGAGCCCUCGCUAACGGAGAAAGUUAUUUUUCGAGAGUCAUCUGGCGCGCCACCCGUCAUUUCCGGGAGAGUUAGAUGGAUGGGGGGGGGGGGGGGAGCGGCGAGCUGGUGGACAGGACAUUCCUUUGGCCGCGGGCAGCCUGGAAAGUCGUGUUCCUGGCGGGGGUGCGACGAUACCUCUCAUCAGAGUUGCCUUCCACGUGCCCCUGCCCCCCAUCCCACCCAGGACUGGUGAGGUAACUGGGGGUCCGCCUACUUUCCACCGAUGCGGCGUAAUACGGCCUUGCCGCGGCCGUCGAGUCUUCACAGAGAUUUUACCAAAAAAAAAGUUCACUUCUUAGGGCUUAUUAUUUUUUACUGAAACAUUUAAUUAUAAUAAACGUGUUUCGUUAAGAUCAUCCUUAGCCAAAAAUUGCACUAAAUUUACCAGAAUUUUCAACUUUGAAUUUCACUUAAAUAAACAGAAGAGUUCUUCAUAAUUUCAAAUGACUAAAUCUUCGUAGAAACUGCACAAUAUUUUGACUGCCCCGGUGUAUAUUUCGUUCUGAACAAAGUUAAACACACGUGUAUACAAAAUAGUUUCCUCACUGCAGACUUAUUCAGUUUGUUAAUGUGUUGCUAAUAUACCAAGAAUAUACUUUUUUAUUCAAGUUCAAAGUAUGUGAAGUCAAUGUCCGUAAAUUUGCGAAGAUAGUCGUAAAUUUAAGAAGAUCCCUUAAUAAGUAUUAACCAGUGUUCUUCGGAAAUGAAAGGUGAAAAUUUUUAACAGUGUAACAUCUCAGAUACAACAUAAGUUUUCAUGGCGAAUAAUACAUUUAAAAUAAAAUAAUAUGGUUUAUAAUCGUUUGUAAUGAGUGUGUGGGGGGACGGAUGUGUUAUAUCUACAUUCGCAAUGAUUCUAAGCAUUGUUUCGCAACGAUCCUGUGUUUUGUUUUUAGCUACAUCUUUAACGUCUGGUGAAAUUUCAACGUUGCAAGUUCUUAGGAGGUUAAUUUAUUGGUCUUGGGCGAAAUGUCACUGCAUAAUACGUUUCUUACUGUAACGUGUCCUGCGUAAGUUGUUAGUUAUUUGUCUAAAACUGGCAAACGGGUAAGUUAUAGCUUUUGAGAUUAUUUAUCGGGUGAGACCAGGCGGACUUUAGUUUUUAUCUCCGCUUGACGUGUUUUUUAAAGUAUCAAAUAAAUUGUCACCUCGGUAAAAUCAUUUAAACCCAGGACCUGUAUGUUUUUGUUUCACUGCUCCACCGACUAAGCCAUCCAGAUUGACAAAGCCUGAUUGCCAUUUUUAGUAAACCAUUAAAUUAUUAUACUCUCUCGGGUGUCAUUUCCAUGUGGUGUGCUUUGUCAAAUACAUCGUGUUGGAAAUCACGUCUGCGCGGUAGUGACGUCAUUUAUUCCACCCUAUCAUAAGCAGUGAGUCAAGAAUAUCUUUGCUGACUGGUGAGACACGUCACAUCUCGUAAGUCAUCACUACUCACUAUUUUUUUUCAGCAAAUGUAAACACUACUGUGUGUCAGCUGUGACGGUAUAAAAACUAAUUAAAAGGAAGUUGAAUUGUUACUAUAAAUAAUUAUUAUUGUUAUUGUUGCAGAGAAAUGUUUCAGUAUGUGAUUGUAGUUUUUUCAUAUGACGUAGAGUAGCUAAACAUUUUAACUGUAUUGGCGGAAGUGAUGUAGUAGGUUUGUAAAAAAAAACUAUUGGCUGCAAGUGCGAAACUGCGCGCUCUGACGUGUCCAGAGCGCCGUUCACAUUGCAACUUGGUUCAAUAAAACAUAUUGUUUAAAAAAAA